AUGUUUUUCUCUUUGGACUUGCUACUUCUUUCCUUGCCAUUUAUGGCUUCUUAUGUCGUGGCACAGUCGAGUCCUCUGAAAUUCGUCUAUCCGGAGCCUGGCAAGUUCAACUACGAGCUCGCGGAUGGAGACAAGGCGAUAGUAGAGUGGACACCCAAAACAGUACUUGCAACUGUACUACUCAACUGUAGUUCGUCGGCAAUGUUGAAUGGCGUAACAGAUUCUGAGGUGGAAUUCAUAAAUGCGAAUUCAGGUGUUUUAUAUCAUGUGCGGCAGACUGGAGACGCUGGGUAAGAAUAUAUUCCUCAUACCCAAACUUCAUGUUCUAAUUAUAGACUAGAAAAAAAGGCGAUAGAUAUUGUGCAUUUUGUGCAGAAUCAGAUCCCCAAACAUGUAGUGGUGGUAAGGAUAACUUAUAUCCCUACUAGCUCGCAAAAGAUACUAAACUCAUAUAGUCUUCCGUCUACUUCCACGUAAAGAAGGAGCAGAACCAAAAGUUUGGACCUCGAUAG